UCCCGGCCGCGACCAGCCAGCGAUUGCCCGUGUUCGCAAGUGACCGCCAGUGUACGCAAGUGAUCGCAAUUGACCGCAAGAGACCGCACGUGCUCGCAAGUGUUCCGACGUACCGAAAUGCAGCCGGCAGCACGCUGGCCGCAUUGAACACUCGUUACCAGAUAUGCUACAAUCGUUGUUACAACCAAGAGAUAACCAAAGACCUCAAGACGAUGCCGCUUCAGACACUGCGAGACGACAGCUACUAGUGAGGGGAGUGCCCGUGGCUAAUGCAAUUGUUAUAGGAAUCAAUAAUUAAUUAACAAAAAUGAUUGGUGCGAUGCCAGCAGUCGCUGUCCGGCAUGAGCGGCGACGGGCUGAGAAGCGGACGGGAGGACGCCGUCCCUCCCAGCUGCCACUGCAGCUCGGCAGGGGCAUCGAGGACGCGACGCCCUCUCCUGAUCACCGGCUGAGGAACGAGCUAUACGUUUGCGGGAAGGUGGCAGCUCUACACGCAAUUGUGGGAUCGCUGCUCCUCGGCAUCGUGGUGCUAGUCGUGGGACUCGUCCAGCUGUCUCCAGGCGCAGAAGCGGCUCAACAUCGCUACUAUCUGAUGGGAGCUGGCGCAGCUCUAGUCGGCACUGGCGUGUUAGGAGCUGUGCUUAGAUGCAUGUGUCUCCACUGGUACAAUAUAAAGCUUCGCGAAGAAUACGACGAAAGAGUUCGGUCCAAUCAGAAAAAUUGCGUUAGUGUAGUGGAAAGUCACCAUGAUCACGAACAUGGACGCAAAGAAGACCGACCCAAAUUGAAGGCACAGGCCAGCGUUCAGGACGUAGACCUCAUCAAACAGCCUUCCGUAGCCAGCGAUACUUAAACUCUGACCAUUAUAGGAUAAUGCAUCGUAUUUCGUGUUGUAACACUGUUAAAGGCGACACAUAUUUAGACGAUUAAGCGAAGUGCGUAUAACAAAUAUGACGUAUUGAAAUUAAAGCUACAGCCAUACAUGAAAGCAAGUAAGUGACAACUAGCUGUUCUUAAAUUGAUGAAACGAAAAUAUGCUACAACAUAAAUAAAGUGACAAUUUUAACAUUGCAAAUGAAGAUUGUUCGAUGCACUUAAUCACAAGUUUGACCGUAGCUUUAGAUGAUUCAACGUCUCAAUAUCUUCGCUUACUCUAGCUAAAUUAUAUCGUUUUUUAAUGUACUUACUAUCGUAUUAGUGAUAUCGCUAUAAUUUAAACCGAACUGUCGUUUACUGAUAAUGUUUUAGGGCAUUACAUUUUAUCGAGUGAUAGUUUAGUUAUUAUAUCGGUGGUGUCGUAAUUGAUAUAUAAAAUUAUUCAUAAGCUCAGUGGUAUUCUGCCUUAAUUAGCUACGGAUAUUGUAUCAUUCAACCGUUGAUAACUGCUUAUGAAAAAUGCUCAAAUGGUUUAUUUUUUUUACGACUUCCAAGUUAUAGCGAUUUCAUGAUUGCAUAUACAGUCAUGGGCUGUUCUUUCCAUUCAAAGUACUCUUUAGUACCUUCCUCUAUGUACAAGUUUUAAUUGUUUCCUCGGAGUAGUCAUUUAUUUCUUACUAAGAUAAUAUUACCCUAUACAGCUUGGAUGUUUGAUGGCUUUACUCAAAAUAUAUUUUUAUGUACGUUAUCUAGUACUUCGUUAAUUUAUAUUUUAGUCAAUAUUGCAUUCUCAAUGUAUGCAAUCGUCGUCUCUAUGACAUUCUAACAACCAGAUCUUGGUGUUUAAUGAUUAAAUUUAAUUUUAAGAUCUAUUUACGUAAUAACUGUUAUUUAACUAUCCAUAUGCAUAAUUAAGUGUUCGUCACAUAUCAUUUUUAUUAGACCUAACAUUCUCAUUUUAAAUUCUAUCAGAAUCAUUGAUUUAAAAUAAAAAAACAUCACACCAUCAAAAACGUUUCAUUUUCAUAUUUUACGAUGUUACGUUAAAUAUAAUAUUUUUGAAGAUUUUACAAUUGAGAUAUCCCUUUAUAUAUUUGCUUUAGAUAAAUCUAUUACAUAUUAUAUACAUAUUUCGAAAAUUAAAAUCUAUAUUGAAAACGUUAUUGUUUUAAGUAGCUUUAAUACAUAUAAAAAUUUCAAAUAAAUGAUCAUAGCAAAAAUUGACCUUUUAAAACAGGAGCAAGAUUAAUUCUAAAUCCUUACCGUCCGUUUUAACCGAACAUAUUAAUAGUGCUCUCACAAAAUAACAUAUUAAAAACUCGUAUGUGAAGGAAAUAGGGCUGCUAUCUGGGUCUUAUUAAAAUGGUCCAUUAACAGAAAUAUUUGUCAAGUGUUUUUUAUAACACAUUAAAUCAAAGAAUUUUUUUUUCGAAUUCAAAAUUAACUUCCCAUUCUGGAACUCCUUGUUUUACCUUCCCAGGUGACAGCUCUAUACGACUACGUUUUAGAAACACAUGCUUAAGGCCAUGAUGUCCUAGUCCCAUACAGUUGAAAAUUAUACAAGAGCUUAUUGAAAACUAUGUAUUUUUUAUAGCAUUUACUUUAAAAAUGUUAUUUAAAGAAACUCUCAUUAUCUUAAAACAUUUUUUUUUUAUUAUUUAAUUGCCUUUUUUCUUCCACUUAAUCCAUUUUAAUAUAAUAUACUUCCAAUAUAAUAUUUAAUGAAAAAAAAAACGUGUAAAGUUUGUUAAAAAUCUUUACCAAAAAAAAACUAUCAACUUUAAUGGAUUCGACGAGGAGUAUACACUUUUAAAACACUAAGAAUAUAGUUUAAAUAAGAUAAAUUUAAGCAUUUCAUCAAAAUCGUUAUAACCAGCGGUAUUUCUAGCUAUUGGUGUUAUAGAUGUUGUCUUCGGUGUUAAUAUUAUUAUUACACUACUGAUUUAGACCAAUCUUAAUGUUAUAAUAAUAAUUGUCUAUUGUACAAUUUACGUAUUAGGAUACUCAGAUUUAUAAUGUAACUUUCCAAUGAAUUGUGCUUAUUUAUUUUUAACAUAAAUGCUAUUUUUGUUUAAAAUAUUGUGAAUAUUAUUGAAAAUUUUAAUCUUAAAGAGACUGAGAAGUGUUCGAAUGUAUUCAGAGUUAUUAUUUUAAACACUUUUUGACAUAUUUUCUGUAUUCGCGAUUCGUUUCAGAUAAUAGUACCCUGUAUUUACACUUAUUUUAAAAAGCAAUAGCUAUUAGAAUACAAUAAAAAAAUGAUUAAUGAGAUCGUUUUAAAAAAUUAAAGUUAUAUUUUAAUGGGUCCAAAAAUUGGUCCACCGAAAAAAAAUUAUAAUAUUCCGAACGGUAUAUUUAACUUAAAAACAAAAUUUAAGACUAUUUAUAAUGUUGUUUUUAUAUGUAAUGUUAUAAAUUUUUUUGAAUAUAAAAUAAUAAUGAAUUUCACAAUGAUUUUUUGUCCUUAUAAUGAUACAUAUAUUUUUCAGUUAUAUAAGGUACAUACCGCGAACCGUAAAUUAAAUGCACUACCUUGUAUAUUUUUAUUAUUAAUCCCCUAAUUACAAUUAUUCCAUGUUUGAAUAUGAUUAAUCUAGUCAGGAAAGUGUCACUUUUUUAGAUUAUUAUUUUUAUUUAUUCAUUUUUUGCAUUUAAUAAGAAGUCACAUAUGUAACAAAAUAUAAGAAUUUUCAAAUUCAUAUCGUAAAAGAAUAUUAAUCAAAUAAGCGUACAAUUAAUCAUUAUAAUGUAAUUGUUUUAAAAGUAAGCUUAAAGAUUUUAUUUUAUUUAGCCACAGAUAAAUAAAAUAAAUUGUAUCAUGAUCGGAUCAAAGUUAACAGAUAACAUAAAUAUAUUAAAAUGUAACAUGUUUUUGGAAAUGCCAAUAUCUUUGUUUAAGUUAGCUGAUUUUAACUUGAAUUGCCGUGCCAAAAUAUGGUUGAAUUGUUUCGACUAACUUAUGAACCCGAAUUAUGUGAAUUAGUUUGUUACUUAAUAAUUUAUUGGUAGCAUAACAAAGUAAUUGUAUGGAUUAAAUAAAAGGUUUAAUAGAGAGUUUAGAACAAAUAAAAUAAUUUACUCAACUCGUAACCUGAGACAUUUACAGAUAAUUUGUUUCGUAACUCUUAACUUUUAAGUUAGUUAGUAUUUAAUUACACAUAAUUUGUUGACAAUAGAUUUAAACUUAAUGUAUUCGAAUAGGAAUUAUUUUUAAAUCCUUAUAUUUUAAUUAUAUGUAGAUAUUUUAUGAAAAAGGGGGAAGCAUAAAAUGAAUAUUCGCAUGAUAUUAAUUAUUCGCUUGCAAACAAAGCUUUCAUUUGUGCCAAUGAGAUAAUUAUAUAUUUCCUCUUGUAAAUGUGGUUAGUUUUAUCUCAUGCUGGGUUUUAUUGAUAUAUUCAAUAAAUCCGUACAGCCCUGUAAUUUCUGAUUAGAUAAGGCUACUCUUGAAACCGUAGCAGUAGUGUGUCAAGUGGAGUAUCUUUCUGGUUAAGUACCAAACAUUCCACAUCGCUUUGUAUGUAUCGAAAUUACGCCAAACGAUUUUAUUGAAAACGCAGUGAAUUAUUAUGUGUCUAGGAUAGAGAAUAUAUUAUCAUAAAUGUGUUAUUAAUGUUUUAUCUGUACUGUACGUUAUUUUUAGUUUAUUUAAACAAUUCUGAAAUAAGUUACGGAGAUUUCAAAAUGUCUUUAACAGACUUAUCAGAUAAAAUGACAGCACUACCACUUGCUGUUCGAUAAAAUGUUUUGGGGCAUGUAGACGUAUAGUGAUGUUUUCGAGACUUAUUUCAGAAUCCCUGUCAUCCUAUACCUAAGCUCUGUUCACUGUGAUAAUGUAAUAUUUGUAAGAAUUUUUAAUAGUAAAAAAUUUACUCGUUCGCUAUAAUUUGGGGCGUUCUAAAAUUAACAUGAAAUUUUCUUAGAACUGUAAAAGUUACAAUUAUUUAUAAUUAAUAUCACAGUGAAUCAAAUCCAUCUCAUGAAUAUCCUUCAUCCUGUUUACUUUGUUUUUUUUUUCCUUUGUGUAAUGCGUCCGUUAAGAUCAUCGUGUUUUAAUUCAAAUAUUAUGUAUAAUUUUAUACGAAUGAUUUUAACGGCAGCGUUCAUAUAGAUUUGACCUUUACAGUUGAAGUGAAGUUUUUUAUAUUCGUAUAUCGAAGUAUUUUAAUUUUAAUUACGACUGUACUGUUUUAUAUCUAAUAUAUUUUAUACCGAUGU